CCGGCGGCCAUUGCCAGCGCCGCCGAUGCAACACCGGGACCAGCAGCAGCAGCAGCUGAUCAGGCAGCUGCCCCCGGAGCAGCACCUGUGCAUGAAACACCUCUAUCCGCAGAGGCACAGGCUGGGGGUCCUCAGCAGCGCUAUGAUCAGCAGCAGCCGCAGCAGCAGCAGCAGGAGCAGCACCUGCAGCAGCGGGCACAUCGCCUGCACCACCAGCAGCUGCUGCGUGCAGCACAGCAGACGGAGAUGGACACGCAGGUGCAAGGAGGGCAGCGGCCGGGGCCGUCUCUGGACGCCGACUCCCAGUCGACACCCAUCAGCCCGCGGGCGGCGGCGGCGCAGGAGGUGGACAGCGAAGCCGUGUCGGCGUCGUCGGAGGCGAAGCCGGAAGUUAGAGGGACAACUGAAUAUGCCUCCGAACCGCAGAAGUACGGCAUCACGCCGUUACCCCCCACCUCGAGUCCGCUAACAAAGCUCGACGCCGCCGCCAUCAACGCCCUGCCGGACGCCGCCGUCGUACAACUCGCCGCCGCCAGCAUCUCCGUCCGCGAGGAGGCCGCCUCCGCCGCCGUUGCUGACGUCGCCGCCGCCGGCUACUACCAUUUGGUCCCUGCGUACAGCCGCUUACGGGGCCUCUUGGAGAUGCAAGGCUUUUAUCCGGACCCGGCUGCGCUGCAGCGGCGCAGUACACAGAUCUCCCUUGUGACGGCGGCGGAGGCGGCCCAGGCGCGCGAUGCGACGGCGGCGGCGCUAGGCGGCCGACGGUUGCUGGGUCGCUGGCGGCAGCGGGAGGCAGCGGCGGCGCCAGGACCGCUGGCGGAGGGCGCGGCGGAGGCGACGAGAAGGGAAGUACGGAAGGAAGGGAAGGUGACGGAGGAGGUAGAGGCGCAGCCGGUUAUCCCUCCUGAAAUAAUGCCGCCGCCGCAGUUGCAGGGUCUUGCAGAAGCAUCGCAAUGGGUCGAGGCAGAGGCUGCAGCAGCGGCAGCGGCGAGGUUAAUAGAAGGCGGUAGCGGCAGCAACUCUGCCCCGCCACCGCCGCCUCCGCCACGCAAUGACCCUCACUCUUGGGCCUUUGGACCCGACUUCGAUGUAUCCGACAGCGAUUACGCUGACGGCUGUUGGUACGGCGCUGGAAACCUGAAGGUCUUGGAGAUGCGAUUAGGCCAAGACCUGGCAGCACUUGCCGUACAUCAGCCUCCGAGGACAUCUUCGACACCCUCCGCUGCCACCGACGACGACGCUGCUGGCGACAGCCGCAAGGGCAGGGGCGACGGGCACCACGAGCAUCACCGCGACCUGAUGUCAUCGUUAUCAUCCUCGUCACCGGCGGCGUCGAAACCGUCCCAAGCUCGCUCCGACAUUAUGCCCGGCCCUUCCUCCGGCUCCUCCUCGCAGCAGCCCGAGGAGCUUGAGGGUACUAUGGUUCCGUUGUUCGGUCCAGUGAUCGAGGGGCGCGUCAAGGUGUAUGUGGAUGGGCGGUUGGAGGCGGGGGUGGAGGGGCGCCACGUGUUCGAUGCCCAAGGUAACCGUGUGGCGCUCAUCGUGCGCGGCAGCUUCCCCGGUGUACGCACCAUCCACUUCUUCGACGCCACCAGCCGCCGGCUGCGGCUGCUGUGUCGCUGCGUGAAGGCGCGGCUGCUGCCCAGCCCCGCUUGGCUCUUCCCGCCCAG